AUGAGCACUACUGGUUACUAUGAAUUGUACCGGAGGAGCACGCUAGGGGCGACAUUGAUGGAUUCGUUGGAUACAUUGAUUAGCGAUGGGCGGAUAGAAGCGUCGCUUGCAAUGACAAUAUUGGAAACGUUUGACCGAGUUGUUUCUGAUACAUUGCGGGACAAGACGUCGUCCAAACUGACCUUCAAGGGCCACCUCGAUACCUAUCGUUUCUGUGACGAUGUGUGGACGUUUAUCGUGAAGGACUGCCUGGUGAAGUUGGAUGGUCAGGACCAGGAGACGGAAUUGAAGUGCGAUAAAUUACACAUUGUGGCGUGCAAUUCGAAGAAGAAUGCUGAAUGA